CGCCUGCGGAUACCGCAGAAGUGGAUCGCUCUGUGAACUUCCAUAAACCCUAGAAGAGUACAUGGUGGGAGUAGAAAACUGAAGGUGACUUGGAAUCCAACACCGUAGGAUUUCUCCAAUUUUCCAGUUCCAGAUCGCGAUCCCGAUGCAUUUAUUGUUUCAAUUCCUUCGGAUCAUCGAUCUUGCUGGCAUGUCGAGAUAUCGAUGGAUCCUGGCGUUAUUGGCGAUCUUCUAUUCAUCAUUGUCCAUCUGCACCGCCUCCAUCGUUCGGCCGAUUUCUGAUUCCCACCGAUCUGCUGCUCUAGAACUGUUCGUACCCGUCGAUGAAUCGUUUGGAAGCUUAGAGAACACUUAUGAGGCACUAAGAACACUUGAGAUCCUUGGACUAGAAAAAACUUAUGAUAUAAGUCGGGCAACAUGCAAAGCUGUUCUAGAGACGCUGGGGUCAUCACCUUCUACAACAAAAGACUUGUUUUAUGCAUUGAAAGUGAAUGGUAUACUGAAAUGCCAGAUUGAGGCCAUAAAUUUUGAAGGCAUUGCAUCAAAUAUGCUGGCUGUGUUAAAAAAUGCCAAUUCAUUACCAGAUUUCUAUUACUCCAUUGGAAGUCUUCUUCUUAUUAAGAAACAUGGUUUUAAAGUUAUUUUACCAGAUUCUGAUGGUGCAUUUCAUUCCAUAAAGGCACUUAGUCAGAGUGAUGGUAGAUGGCGCUAUGAUUCUAAUGGUGCUGAGUCUAGCACCUAUGCUGCUGGAAUGGCACUUGAAGCACUUGCUGGAAUUGUUUUCUUGGCUGAUUCUGAGGUGGACCAGUCCAUGAUUGGAGUUGUCAAGAAUGACAUUGUCAAACUGUUUGACAUCAUCAAAAGCUACAAUGAUGGUACCUUAUACUUCAAUGAUAAAUAUGUUCACUCUAGUGAUUACAAAAGCCCUCUGGAGAUUUCAGCAGCAGUAGUGCGAGGUGUGACUUCAUUUGCUGAAGUUUCUUCUGGGAAGCUAAAUAUUCCAGGAAACAAAAUUUUGGGCUUGGCUAAAUUUUUCCUCAGCAUAGGGGUUCCUGGAAGCAGCAAAGACUUAUUUCAUCAGAUUGAGUCCCUAUCAUGCUUAGAAAACAAUAGGAUUUACAUUCCACUUGUCAUCUCACUUCCAGGCACUGUUCUUUCAUUGACAUCAAGGGAUCAACUCAAGGUUGAUGUGACUACAGUAUUUGGUGCUGCUGCACCUCCGUUAUCUGUGAAACUUGUUCAGGCUUUCAAUUCAAAUUCAGAGGGAAAACCCAUUAUUGAAAACCAGGAGCUCCACUUUGACAAAGAAAACUCCAUUCACUAUUUGGACAUUGCAUCUUUAAAAAUGGAUGCUGGCAAGUACAAAUUGAUUUUUGAGGUUUCUCUUCACAAUCUUGAGGAUGAAAGCAAGUAUGCUACUGGAGGACUGACAAGUUUUUCUGCAUUUUUCACGGGGUCAAUCAAAAUUGACAAGGGUGAACUUGCAAUUCUAAAUAGCGAUGGUGGGAGUGCCGAGACAAUUGAAAAAUUAGACUUAUCAAAGGACAGCUUUUUGUCAUUAUCAGCAAACCAUCUGCAGAAGUUUCGUCUAUCAUUUCAGCUUACCACUCCUCUUGGACACACUUUUAAGCCACAUCAAGUUUUUCUUAAAUUGAGACAUGAAACCAAAGUGGAGCACCUUUUUGUAAUUGAUAGCUCAGCAAGGCAGUAUAAACUAAUACUGGAUUUUCUUGGUUUGGUGGAAAAAUUUUACUAUCUCUCUGGAAAAUAUGACAUCGAACUUACUGUUGGUGAUGCUACAAUGGAAAAUUCUUUCUUGCGGACGCUUGGCUUUGUUGAACUGGACUUGCCAGAACCACCUGAGAAGGCAGCGCAACCUCCUCCACAGCCUGCUGACCCAUACUUGAGAUACGGGCCGAAAGAAGAAAUAAUUCACAUCUUCCGAGCACCAGAGAAGAGACCACCAAAGGAGCUGUCACUUGCAUUCUUGGCUCUCACCUUUUUACCACUUAUCGGCUUUAUAAUUGGGCUGAUAAGACUGGGAGUAAACCUGAAGUUCUUCCCAUCUUCCCCUGGCCCUGCUGCAUUUAGCAUUCUUUUUCAUGCCGGCAUUGCAGCUGUUCUUCUGCUUUAUGGGCUUUUCUGGUUGAAGUUGGAUCUGUUCACCGCUUUGAAGGCCCUUUGUUUCCUCGGUCCUUUCCUGGUUUUUGUGGGCCAUCGGACUCUCUCCCACCUUGCUUCAACAUCUGCAAAGCUCAAGUCCUCUUAAGAAGUUGUUUUUCGAGGCUUAAAGGGUUUCAAAAGGUAUUUAUUUUAAACAAUUUUGAGGCUAAAAAUAACUUAGUAGGCUGGAGAAGAGUGUUGUAUUUUAGCUAAAUUUCUUAUUUUUCGAACUCUCUAAUUUAUUACUAUUGGCGAUCUGCUUGGUAGUCAUGUUCUGGAUUGAUAGCUUUGGCUAGAAGUCUGCUGUUUAGAGAAGGAUUUUAUUGCUUAUUUUAAGAUUUAGAACUGGUAACUCUUCGUGUGAUUUUGGGACUCUUGUUUUAAUGAUUCUUGCAGAAGUAAAUAAAUAGAGCUUGGAUUAAUUUUUGUG